AUGUUCGAGUCUCCAUUUGUGGUCACGCAUCCUGUAACAGGGGGUCUGGAUCUUGUUAACUGCCCUAUUGUUGUUGACCAGAAUGACUUCGAAGGUGUCAAAAUUGCCGUACGGACAUUGUCCGAAGACUUUAGCAAAGUCACCAGAGGCAAGCCGAAUCCUGUAGUCCAGCCAGGCUCCUUCACAGGAAGCACCGCGAUCAUCAUAGGCAGCAUAGCCAAUUCAUCCAUAAUCAAAACGCUGAUUGAAGAGAAAAAGCUGGAUGUCUCUGCUAUCAAGGACCAAUGGGAAUGUUACGCGACCCAGCUAGUCAGCAAUCCUUUGGAGGGUUGCAAGCAAGCCUUGGUCAUUGUCGGAAGCGACAAGAGAGGCACCAUAUUCGGCACUUACACCCUUUCACAGCAGAUCGGAGUCUCUCCAUUCUAUUUUUGGUCGGACGUGCCCGUUAAAAAAGCUGGCGAUCUCUACGCACUGGACACAACAACACGCGAUGGCCCUCCUACAGUCAAGUAUAGAGGACUUUUCAUUAAUGACGAGUCACCAUGUCUGACCGAAUGGGUCAAAGAAAAGAUUGGCCCCAAGUAUAACGUAGAGUUUUACAAAAAGGUCUUCGAGCUUCUAUUGAGACUGAAGGCCAACUUUCUGUGGCCCGCCAUGUGGAAUCAUCCAGGCCAGAGCUUCUUUGUUGAUGACGCUUUAAAUCAAAAGACUGCAGACGAAUAUGGAAUUGUCAUGUCGACUUCUCACCACGAGCCCAUGCAGCGCGCCAUGAAUGAAUGGUUUCGAGAGCCUUACAAUGAGCCCGAAGGUAGCUGGUCUUGGCUUACAAACAAACACAAGAUAACGAAGUACUUCCAGGAGGGUGCGGAGCGGGCCAAACCGUUUGAAAGUGUGUUGACCCUUGGAAUGAGAGGUAAAGGCGACCAUGUUAUUGAUGCCAAGGAUGUCACUUCAACUCUUCAUGACAUUCUCCAUACUCAGAGGUCGAUCAUUAAAGAUGUGUAUGGGAGCGAGACGGGCGAGAACCAGGUUCUCGCCUUAUACAAAGAAGUGCUCACACAGUAUGAUCAGGGCCUCGAAAUUCCGGACGAUGUCACUCUACUCUUUGCAGAUGACAACCAAGGAAGUAUUCGUCGGGUGCUCGUUGGAGAUGAGAAACGUCGAUCGGGAGGAGCUGGGAUAUAUUAUCACUUCGAGUUUGUCGGCCACCCACGCAGUUACAAGUGGCUUAACAGCAAUCACUUGCCCAAAGCGUGGCAACAGCUUGAUGAAGCAUACAACAAUGGCGUCGACCGUAUUUGGAUAUUCAACGUUGGCGAUAUUAAGCCAAUGGAGGUUCCUUUGAGCUUUGCCAUGAUGAAAGCUUGGAACACCCAUGCCUUGACGCCUUCUCAGCUCCCAGUCUUUUUUGACGCAUUCAUCGACAACACUUUCUCUCUCAGCGCUGCGGAUGCCAAAGAAUGCUCGCAACUCUUGUUCGAAUAUGAUCAACUGAUGGGUCUCGGAAAACACGAGUGUAUUGAGGAUGACACAUUCUCUGUCAUCUAUUACGACGAGGCGGACACUGUCCUACGACGAUGGUCUGAUUUACUGGGUAGAUCAACUCUCAUCUAUGAGAAGGCACCGCCUGAUGUGAAGCCUGCUAUCUACCAACUAAUUCACCACCCAAUCAAAGCAACACAGAUCUACAUCGCCCUGAGGGUGGCACUAGGGAAGAACAAACGUUUCGCAGAACAGCGUCGAACAAUUGCCAACAAAUAUGCCCAGGAAGUUCUUCGCCUCUUCCAAGCAGACUUUGACUUGUCCAACGAAUACCACGAAAUGCUUGAUGGGAAGUGGAAUCACAUCAUGGAUCAACCUCAUUACGGCUGUCGAUGGGACGAAGACAUCGCUCCAUUCCGUGAUAUGAUUCCGGGAUUAUGCUACGUUCAAAGCCGUCAAAAAGCAAGUCCCAUUAUGGGCAGCUUUGGUAUUGCUGUCGACGGGCAUGCUGGCUACCGGACCGGUCUUUGCUGUGAGGAACACGAUCUCCUCCAGCCAUCCCGAGGCAACAGGGUACCAUCAGUGACGACAGCGCCGUUGGAACCUCUAGGAGCACGAUCAAGAUGGUUUGAGAUUUACUCUCAUAGUUCGGAGUCGUUCCAUUGGUCAGUCAAGUCGGACACAGAAUGGUUAAGCAUGUCGGUAUCAUCAGGCUACCUGACACCCGAAGAUUCCGCUACCCGUAUCCACGUUUUCGUGGACUGGGCAUCAGUUCCUGAGUCUUUUGAUGGCGAGGCUCUCCUCGAAGUUCGAUCUGACACGGGAUCGAUUGAAGUUGUCCAUGUGCCGAUCAAGAAGCGCGACACUCCUGUAGGCUUCACGGGCUUUGUCGAGAGCGAUCACCUCGUCUCUAUGAACGCGACAAAUUUCGAUACCUCAAGCAUCGCCCAAAGCUCUUACAAGAUCAACCCGUUGAUAGGUCGCACAGGGGCCGGUGGAGUCUUGCUGGCAGCCCGUGCUGAUGAUGUCGACACCCUCGAUUUUCUUCUUUAUCCAUUUUUCAACUACACGCCGGUGACGGAAGCGACAGUAACUCUUUACUUUACGAUGACAUUCAAUACCGAGCCAACAAAUCCUAUCAAGUAUGACAUCUGCAUGGAUGAUCUCCCUCACUCAACUUUUCGCCUGGUUCCGGAUGCGCCAAACCCAGGUACAAUGCCUCCUGGUGACUUGCCGGUAGGUUGGAUGGAGAAAUGCCCCAGACUAGUGUGGACGAGGAAGCAUACCAUUGAUCUCACGAAGACCGGUGCCCAUGUUCUGAAGAUACGCCUUAGACAUACAAACUGUGUCCUAGAAAAAGUUGUUGUAGAUUUAGGCGGCGUUCGACCAAGUUACCUAGGUCCACCCGAGAGUAAGAGGUUGCAGUAG